UCUCCGCCAAUCUAGAAACGCUAGUAGCAAACACCAGAGGAAAAAGUAGUUCUGUAGUAUAGUGCAGAUAGUGCUCUGCUCCGUGUGCAGGUCUUCUGCGCAUGCCUAGUUCCGCCUUCUGCCUCUAUGCACUUCCGCCUUUUAUUUCUGUUUUUCUCAGGCUUCUCGUGGAAGGUGGUUCUGAGGUCGCGAGUGUAUGCUCUUUUCUGCGGUCCGUGUCACAUGACAAGGGAGCGGCGGGUGAGCCCUGGCGGCAUGUCUUCAGAGUUGUCUACAUUUUUCCAAGAACAGAAGAAUAUGAACAAAUUCCAGAUUGAACAGAAAUUUACAUCAGUAUCAUUUAAGGAUGUGACUGUGGGCUUCACUCAGGAGGAGUGGCAGCACCUGGACCCAACUCAGAGAUCCUUGUAUAGAGAUGUGAUGUUGGAGAACUACAGCAACCUUGUCUCAGUGGGGUAUUGUGUUACCAAACCAGAGGUGAUCUUCAGACUGGAGCAAGGAGAGGAGCCAUGGAUAUUGGAGAAAGAAUUGCCAAGCCAGAGUUUCUCAGAAGUCUGGAAAACUGAUUAUGUGAAGGAGAGGAGCCAAGAAUACCAGUCUCCACAUGUGUGGGAGGUUGUAUUCAUGAAUAAUAAAAUGCGGAGUAAAGAACAAGGUAAUGUAAUAGGAAUACCAUUUAACUUGGAGACAAAUUUUUUUCCUCCCAGAAAAAUACUCUGCCAGUGUGACUCAUGUAGAAUGAGUUUCAACUAUAUUUCAGAAUUGAUUAUCAAUAAGAAAAACUAUUUAGGGAAAAAGACUGAUAAAUUUAAUGCCUGUGGAAAAUUGCUACUCAAUACUAUACAUGAGACAACUCAUACUAGAGAGAAAAAUGAAUUUUUUGAAAGUGGGAAAACUUAUAGUCAUAAUGAGGACCCUCUUCAACAUGAGAAGAUUCAAACUUUAGAGCAACAUUUUGAAUACAACAUGGAUCAAGAAACCUUCCUUGAAAAGAGUGAGAGAACAGAAGGGAAUGAUUGUGACUAUAAUGAAUUUGGGAGAACAUCCUGUGACAACUCAUUCUUCUUGUUCAAUCAAAGAACACCCUCAAAGGAAAAUCACUAUGAAUUUUGUGUUUGUGGGAAAUCCUUAUCUGUGAAUUCUAAUCUUUUGAAGCAUUAUGGGGCAUCUGUGAAGCACUAUGAAUGUAAUGAAAAUGGGAGUAAUUUCAGGAGGAAAAUAUGCCUCUCACAACUUCAGAAAUCUCUUAAAGGAGAGAAACACUUUGAAUGUAAUGAAUGUGGGAAAACUUUCUGGGAGAAAUCACACCUCACUCGCCAUCAGAGGAUACACACAGGAAAGAAAUGCUUUCAAUGUAAUGACUGUGGAAAAAUGUUUUGGGAGAAGUCUGAUCUCACUAAGCAUCAGAGAUCACACACAGGAGAGAAACCCUAUGAAUGCAAUGAGUGUGGGAAAGCUUUCAGUCACAAGUCAGCUCUCACAUUACACCAGAGGACACAUACAGGGGAGAAACCUUAUCAAUGUAAUGCAUGUGGGAAAACUUUUUACCAGAAGUCAGACCUCACUAAACAUCAGAGAACACACACAGGGCUGAAACCCUAUGAAUGUUUUGAAUGUGGGAAGUCCUUCUGCAUGAAUUCACACCUGAGAGUACACCGGAGAACUCAUACAGGCGAGAAACCCUUUGAAUGUCCUGAGUGUGGGAAAUCUUUCUGUCAGAAGUCACAUCUUACACAACAUCAAAGAACUCAUAUAGGGGAUAAACCCUAUGAAUGUGAUGCAUGUGGCAAAACUUUCUACUACAAAUCUGUACUCACCAGGCAUCAGAUAAUUCAUUCAGGGUUGAAACCUUAUGAGUGUUACAAAUGUGGGAAAACCUUCUGCUUAAAGUCUGACCUCACAGUACAUCAGAGAACUCACACAGGGGAGAAACCUUUUGCAUGUCCUCAGUGUGGUAAAUUCUUCAGCCAUAAGUCCACUCUCUCUCAACAUUAUAGAGCACAUACAGGGGAGAAGCCCUAUGAAUGUCAGGAAUGUGGGAAAAUCUUCUAUAAUAAAUCAUGCCUAACUAAACAUCAUAGAACACAUACAGGAGAAAAACCCUAUGAAUGCAAUGAAUGUGGUAAAACCUUCUGCCAGAAGUCACAGCUCACCCAGCACCACAGAAUUCACAUAGGGGUGAAACCACAUAAAUGUAAUGAAUGUGGAAAGGCUUUUUGUCAUAAAUCAGCUCUAAUUGUACAUCAGAGAACUCAUACAGAAGAGAAGCCUUAUAAAUGUAAUGAAUGUGGAAAAUCUUUCUGUGUGAAGUCAGGACUUAUUUUACAUCAGAGAAAGCACACAGGGGAGAAACCCUAUGAAUGUAAUGAAUGUGGGAAAUCUUUCAGUCAUAAAUCAUCCCUCACAGUCCAUCACAGGGUUCACACAGGAGAUAAAUCUUGUCAAUGUAAUGAAUGUGGGAAAAUUUUUUACCGUAAAUCAGACCUUGCUAAACAUCAGCGAGCACACACAGGGGAGAAGCCUUAUGAAUGUAACACAUGUGGAAGAACCUUCUCUCAGAAGUCAAACCUCAUUGUACAUCAGAGAACACACACUGGAGAAAAUCUUAUGAUUAAAGUGAAUAUUAGAAAUGUUGAGUCACAGUUCAGUACCUACCAGACUUCAAAGAAUUCACACUCUGGAGAAAACUUUUUUGACAUCCUGAAUGUUCAGUAACCAUCCACAAACUGGCCUUAUUUUAUUCCAAAGUAACGAUAUGGAUCAAACUCAUAAUCUGCAACAAAUAUCAGAUAGUUUUGUUAAGAACUAAUAUUCCAUUGAAUGUCAAGUAACUAAUACUGGUGUAAAACUGUACAGAAUUUUUGAUUUUGUAAAAUUUCUUAGCAAAAAUACAAAAUAGCUUGUGUCAGAUUUUAUAUUAAAGCAAAGUUCAAAAAUUUUCUUUAGAAGUAAUGUAUUAUUUAAAGUUGUGUUUUGGUUCUGAUGCCAUAAUCUUUAGGAAACAUAACAAAUUAUAAUUUAUAGAUGUAUAUUGUGCAAUGUAAAGCUUUAAAACAAAACAAAAAAUAAAUUGCAAAAUGAAGAAAUAGAAUCACAAGAAGCUGCAUUAAUAAUACAUGGAAUUCUCAUGUGCCCUUCACCAAGCUUCCUCUAAUGAUUAUAUAUUACCUAGUUGUAUAUAUUCAAGUAUAAGAAAUUGAUGAUAGCCUACUGCUAUGUCAGAUACUGAUCAUAUUCAGAUUUCAGCAGUUUUUACAUAUACUCUGGGUAUAGUUCUGUGAAAUUUUAUCCCUUAUAGAUUUGAAUAAUCAUUAGCAUAAUCAGGUUACGAAAUCAUAAAGGAAUUUGGAAUUUGCAUCUCAUCAGGUUUACAGAGGAAUCAAGAUUUCACCACAAGUAGUUCCCUUGUGUUAAUAGUCAUACCUUUUCUGCAACUCUAAUCUUGACAACCAUUUGAAUAUGAAGCUUUCUAAAAGCAGAAAUAAGUUGAAUAAUCAGGGCAAAAGCAUUAAAUGCAUAUGUCAAGCAUCCCCUAAGAUCACAGGAUUUAUGUCUAUAUAAGUGGUACAUUACAUAAACUGUUUCAUAUGCAUAAUGGAACAAUGUAAUUGUGAAUAGGAAAUAAUCUUGAUUUAGUAGUAGUUAUUUCAGGACUAUUCCCCUAUGUGUGUAGGGCCUGGAGCAAUAGUUUGAAAUGAGGACCACAAAGCUAAUAUCAAUCACUUAAAAGUUAUAAAUGAAAAAUAAUAAACUCUGUAUGGGGAGUUCUAGGCCCUAGUCCCAUUGCCUCCUUUCUCUUCUCAUCCAUGGUUCAUCCCAAGCCAUGGGAUGUCUUGAGUGUACAUAUGUGAAUACUCUAGCUCUUAGCCUAAAUUUUGUCCAAACUCCCUGUAAGCAGCUGACCUUCAUGACAGUGCCCAGGAAAGAAGCCAUAGACAACGAGAUGAUACUCAGGGGUGUAAGUUGGGCUGUAAAUUCAGGGUCUGAUGUGUCCAGAGGGAUGUCUGGACCCUUAGAGACUAUGACUAUAUGAGGAGGAGUGAGCCUGGAGCAAGAGCAGAGUAGUGGUAGAGAGGGGCUUUUAUUGACAGUGUAAAGUUGGUAUAGUUAAUUACAUGGUUUACUUGAAUAAUUAGAUUACACAAGUAAUCUAAGAUUAUACUGUUUAGUGAUCUUUGAUUAUAUAGUCUAAGCUUCCAUUUUAGGAAACCAGAGAAAGAAGAGCAAAUUAAAUCUAAAGUAAGCAAAACAACGACAAAAACCAGUAAGGGUUAAAGUGGAAAUCAGUGAAAUUGAAAAUGAAACCAAUUGAGAAAAUCAAUAAAAGUAAAAGGUGGGUCUUUCAAAAUCAAUAAAAUUGAUAAACCUCUAACUAGGUUAACUAAUAAAAAGAGAAGACAGUUGUUAAUAUCAGAAACAAAAGAGGUGUCUUAACUACUAAUCCCAUGGACAUAAAAAGGAUUGCAAAGGGAUAUGAUGGACCACUCACUUAUGCCUACAAAUUUUAUAACCUAGAGGAAAUGGACCAAUCCUUUGAAAGACACAAUCUGUCAAAAGUAGUAGAAGGACCAGUCGGAAUAGACAUGUAGCUGAUAAAGAAGUCGAGUCAAUACUUAUUCUUCCAAAUCAGAAAGUAUCGGGCCCAGAUGGGUUCACUGGUGAAUUCUACCAAAUGUUUAAGGAUGAAAUGAUACCAAUUUGCUACAGUCUGCUCCAGAAAGUAAAAGCAUAGGGAAUACAUCCUAAUUCAUUCUGUGAGGCCAGCAUUACCCUAAUGCAGGCAAAGAUAUUACAAAAAGCUACAGACUAAUAUUUCUUAUGAAC